AAGCGAUAUGAGAAAUUAUGGAAAGUAAAUACUCUAAUUAAGUGCAUACUAUCAUAACGAUUGAACUUCCUCUAAACGAUUUACGAGCCGGUUAGCAACGUUUCGUCGACAUUUACACUAGAGUAGCUGUUCGAUAACGAAAGAUCAGGGGUCGGGAUUGAUAAAGGUUGAUAGUGGGCCCCGAUAGACGUAAGUGGUCAGUUCCUUCGGUGUCGCAGGCAAAUAAACUACAACUUUCCUCGUCUCGUGUUGCUUACAUGUCUAAGAAACGCGUGUUGCUCAUUCAGGAACUAAACGUCAAUUAAUUAGACGUUUUGAUAGCUUUAUUAGAUCGGAUUUCUGCUAUUUAUCUGUGAUUAACGAGUAAUAAUGUGCAACUGAAUAGCUACUUAAAAAUAUGAACAGCGAUGGGAAUUGUCAUACCAGGAAGUAUAGCUACUUAUUUGAUAACAUGAUGAUCGUGCCAUCCCCCGGAUCCAUAUGGGAUUAUCCAUACUUGAACCAGGUCAGCAGAAUGAUGGGCUUGGUAUAUGGGACACGACCAAAGCCUGAGCAAGAUUUAUUCCCUCCCAAGAUUCGAAUUCCAGAGACACAUAUGGAGAGUCCAUCGAGGUUCGAGCUGACGAAGGCGGAGAUCCAAAAUGCAGAAGAAACGGAACUGGGUGAGGUGAAGGUGACACCUCCGAUGAGCACCGUCGCGACGUCGACGCCCGUGCAGCCAGGUAGUAUUCCGUGCAGAAACGGCGGCUGCAAGAGCUGGGCCAAUCGCGCGGAAUCGAGAAUGGAAAGCCCUUGGCAUUUUCUCAAAACUAUCUUCCUUAUCUCUGUAAUCGUCGCUUUGGUUCUCUGGGUAAUCGUCUACACGUUUCUCGUCCAAUAUCGGAUCUUGUGAAGCAUUUAAGGACACCGAGAAACUUGGAUGGCCGAUGUUCUUCCAUUUGGAAGCGAACAAGGAAAAUUUGGGUAAUCCUUUGCCUUCGGUAACAUAGAUACAUGAUAAGAUGUCCAAGAAGAUACUCUUUGAAGUAUAAGAAAAAGCCAGAAAUGUGAGGAGAAAGAGAGGAAGAUUUUUCUGUAGAAUUCUGAUACUUUGAUUGAAUUCUCCAUCUCCUAUCGAUGAAUCCGUCCUUGCGCGAAGCAAUAAAUAAUUCUAUGUUCAAAAUCGUGGAUUUGUGGAAGAAUUAUGUUAUUUGCUCGACGAGCAAAUGGAAAUGUAAGAAACGUGUACUCUUUUGUGGACAGAAAGUUUUAGAAAUCCAGAGUUUGAGUUGCGUAAAGAGUAUCUCGAGGCUCCUAUUUACGCGAGCAUAUACUCUCGGGAUUAUCGGUUCAAUGACGAAGAAAUUCCCAGUGUUGAAACACUUGACAUAGAAAAAGAUAGAAAAACUUUUGUAAUGUACAAAGGAAUCGUCCGCGAGGAUAAAAUUGAAGUGAUACUAGUCCCUGUAAUAUUUGUUCGAAUUGGAUACUUCCUUUUAACUAUAUUAACAGUUACCAUAAAAUUAUUGCGAUUGUAACACACCAAUAUAUUCCUAAUCUCUUUAUAAUGUUAUACGUAAAAUGUUUGAUAGAAGGUAUUCGAUUAUAUAAUAUUGACUAUUUUUUACAAAGUAUUUGUACAAAAGCGAAUUAAUAAAGUUAUCUUGCAGAAAA